AUGUCGACUGUCCCAAUGCAAGAGAAUAGUGACGACGAAUUUGAAAGUGCAGACGAAGGUGAAUCAAUUCCUAUUGUAAAGUCUGAUGCACAACCGGCAACCGACCCUAUUGAAUUGUCUAUGAAUGAAAAUUCAAUAUCCAGCCCAUCUCUUCCACCAGUAACUGACGGUUGGGAUGAUUGGAAUGUUCAUGAUGAACUAGCUAGUGAAAAAUCAAAAAAUCCAGCACAUGCAAUACUUUUACAACAAGACUCGGCAUCAUCUUUAUCAUCAUCACCAUCAAAAACUGGUGGUAGUCUAUCUCGAUUCGGAUCCGAUGAAGACGAUCAAGGCGAAUCAUCCGAUCAACAACGAUUACAGAAAAAAAAAUUUCGUAGAAAACAACUUGAUUCAAACGUCAAUAAAGAUGAAAAUAAAAUACAUACACGAAACUCUCGUCCCAUUGAACGUCGUGAUGAAGAAUCAUCGCCAACAAUAUUAAAAAAGCAUAAUGUCAAAGAUGCUCAUUAUGUAUUAGAUCGACUUGCUGCUCAAUCACCAACACGAACACCACAUUGGCAUAAUCCAUGGAGUAAUCUAGGAUCCUUCUUAUCGACAGCAAAACAAAGUGUUUCGACAUUGACAAGUACUGUCAGUGAAGGUUUCAGUGCAGUCAUUGAAUCCGUUGAAGCUGGUCUUGGUGCACCUGAUCCUCAACAAUUAGCAGAAAUGAAUCGUAUGGCAUUCAAAAUUAAAGGCGAAACGUCAGAUAGUGAAGAUGAACCUGACGCAUCAACUUCUCAAACAGAAGAAAACGAUGCAAUUACUAAUCAUGAUGGUUGGCUUAAUGCAUUGAGUUUUGAUAAACUGACAACGACUGGUAUGAAAGUUGUCUCAGGUAGUCUUGAUGUUCUUGAAACAGUUGGUAGAAAAACAUACGAUGUUAUUAAUGAAGCUGAUCCAGAUUUCAAAGGAACACGACGUUUAUUAGGAAAACAAAAUCAUCCAACAUUAUCUGAGAUAAUUCGUGAAGCUCAAUAUGAAAAAGAAUUAAUGUCAACAUCAAACCAAAAUGAGCCUGCAUCUUUUUUUCAUUUAUUGGAAAAAAAUCAUGGUCUUGCUCAUUUUGAAGCGCUUGAGUUAUUAUCAAUUCAAUCGGCAACUAUCCUUCAAAGUAUGAUUCAUGGAAAUAAAAAAUUACUUGAUGAUAUUGCAAUUUAUUUUCAAAUCAAUGACGAUGAUGAUGAUGAUGAAUUAACAAUAAAUGAUAAUAAUGAGCAUGACAUACCGACUUUAGAAGUUCUAUCACAGAAAUUUACUGCAUACCAAACACAAUUACGUUCGACAGUAUCAGUUGAUAGAUUACUUGAAGUUUACGAAUCAGCAAAUCAAUUCAUCAAGGAAUGGGAAUGGAUGGACACAGAACUUGACCAAAAAACGUUAUUUGAUGAAGCUAUUAAUUCAUUAGCAAUUCUAUGUGCAUCUAUAAUUGAAUAUUAUCAUAAAACAGCUCAGCUGUUUUUUAUGGGUUGUAAAAGUUUAACAUCAUUCUCAAUUGAUAUUGAACUAUUAGCUAUUUAUCAAAAACAACAAAAAGAUUUUGCAAAUAUGCUUGCUGGUAUAACAAAUUUAUUUGUGAAGCAUAUGAAACAAAUAUCAAAUUUACCAUCAACAACAAAUAAUCAUACUAAUGGUAAUGAUCGGUGUGAUAUAAAAUUGAAACAAAAGCUUUUGAAUCAAAUGUUCAUUCAAUCGUCAAGUUCAGAAACUUAUGCAUCCGAUGCUUAUGUGUUACUGAAACCUAUUGUUAGUCAAUCGAUUUUAUAUCAUACAUCAACAACAAGAUAG